AGACGUUGGUCGACCUUUACUUUAUUCAUUUAUUUAUAUGUGGUGCUGAGACUCGAACCCAGUGCUAGGUAAGUGUUUGACCACCCAGCCCCAGCCCCAGCCCUCGCUAGAAGUUUUUGAGGUGGGCAUCUGGUUAACGUGAGGGGUUCCUAGCUUUUGUUAAACAGUUGAUUGUACUAAAGAUGGAAGAGGGCAGCCUGCAGAAAAUGGGACAGCUGUGACCAGCGGGGACUGUGCCCAUGGAGCUGGUGGGUGGCUUCAGUGAGUCAGUUUUGUGUGGAGGUCAGCAGCAGAGCACGGUGGGGCGGGGGUGGAGAGCAGGAUGAGUGCCUUAGGAUGGCUGAUGUGCCACCUGCCUCUGGCCAUCCUGGGCCCACCCUGCAUUCCCGUGUGACUGGUCAUCUUCCACCAGGACCUGCUUCUGUGCAGUAUGGGGGGACCCUGGCAGCUGUGAGGGAGGGUGUGUUAGCAUCUGGAUUGGUUUGUAGACCAGAAGAAAGACUUCAGAUCCCAGGAAAGUCUCCACGGGCUCUGCCUUCUGUAACGUCGCCCAAAUGGCAAUGCCCACCCUGCUGGGGUGUGACCACGUUGGGCUGGCCUGUAGCCUGUCCUUACCAGCCAGUGCUACUGGGCCCCCUCAGCUCAUGGCCCUGGGCUGGGGCAGCAUCUGAGAACUGGCCCGUGGGCAGUGCAGCAGCCAAGGUGUGAGCUGACGGCAGGCUGGAUGCUGUGGUGUGCGCACCUGUUCUUUCUGAGGCCCCCGGGUCAGCCGUUGGUGACCCAGCUGCUCUGGGUACCCCUGUGACUGCCAUGCUCAGGGGAGGGGGGGACGCAUGCACACACUGCCCUGGGUCAUGGACAUGAGGCUGUGCUCGGGUCCUUCGGCUCACACCUGUGGUCUCCCUUGCAGACCUCAGGAUCCUAGUCCAGGUGACAGAGUGGAGGCGGUUCCUGACAGUGCCUCUGCAGACCUGGGACUUCCCACCCAAGGCCCUGGGACCUGCACAGGCAGUGCCACCGUCACUACAGGCAGGACAACUUCAAGCAGGGGAGGCUGCUUCCCAGUGAACCUGCUGGAGGGUGGGCAGCCAGCAUCCAGGUUUCAGUGCACCUCGUCACCUGUGGCAGGUGCCAGCCCAUUGGCCAGUCAUGCACAGCCACGGGCAGAAGAGACCAGCCUUGCCAGAGGGGCAGGCAGAGGAGGAAGGCUGCUUCAAAGUGGAAGAGCCCUUAUAGCCACAUCCUGCAAGGAAAAACCCCAGACUCCUGUGAACGCAGAGAUGCGGACGUGCCUGGGGGCUUGGGGGCCUGCUGCCCUUCUGCUCCUUGGGCUCCUGCUUGAAGUCAGGGCUGCACUGAACUGUGUCGGAAACACCUAUCCCAAUGGCCAAAGGUGCUGCCAAGAGUGCCAGCCAGGUAGUGGGAUGGUGAGCCGCUGUGAGGGACCCAGGGAUACCGUGUGCCUCCCCUGCGACCCGGACUCCUACAAUGAGGCAGUCAACUACGAGGCCUGCAAGCCCUGUACCCAGUGCAACCAGAGAAGUGGGAGUGAGCUCAAGAAGAAAUGCACACCCACGCAGGACACUGUCUGCCGCUGUAGGCCAGGCACUCAGCCCCUGGAUGGCUUUAAGCCUGGAGUCGACUGUGCCCCCUGCCCUCCUGGCCACUUCUCACCAGGCGACAACAAGGCCUGCAAGCCCUGGACCGACUGCACCUUGACUGGGAGGCGCACCCUAAAACCGGGCAGCAUGAGCUCAGACACCCUCUGCGAGAACAGGACUUCCCCAGGCACACUACCCUGGGAGACCCAGGGCCCCACAGCCAGGCCCACCACUGCCCUGCCCACUGCAGCCCUGCCUGGAACUUCUCUAGGGCCCUCCACGCCCCCAUCAGAGGCCCCCAGGGGCCUCCCGCUGGCUGCUGUCCUGGGCCUGGGCUUGAGCCUCCUGGCUCCCCUGGCUGUCCUGCUGGCCCUGCACCUGCACGGAAGGGCCUGGAGGUCAUCCGCUUCCGGACCCCCAUUCAAGAGGAACAGCCCGACGCACACUCCACCCUGGCCAAGAUUUGAGAGCGUCUUGGGGGUGGGCUUUGUGGGGCAGCGCCCCAGGCACAGGCCACCCACCUGUGCCCUCCACACCGUUCUAGGUGCUGGGCCGGCUCUGGGCUCUCCUACGUAUGUUGUGCAUACUACCUGCCCAACGGCACCCCAAUAAACACAUCAGCUACUGUGGCUGCA